CGACAGCACAGCCCUGAGGAGCUUCCUCAGCAAGAUCGCGGCCAUCGGCGAGGAGCUCCUGCCCAGAGGCCUGGACAUCAAACAGGAGGAGCUAGGAGACCUGGUGGACAAGGAGAUGGCUGCCACUUCAGCUGCCAUUGAAACUGCUACAGCCAGAAUAGAGGAGAUGCUCAGCAAAUCCCGAGAAGGAGACACAGGAGUCAAAUUAGAGGUGAACGAAAGGAUUCUUGGUUCAUGUACCAGCCUAAUGCAAGCUAUUCAGGUCCUGAUUGUGGCCUCGAAGGACCUCCAGAGAGAGAUAGUGGAAAGUGGCCGGGGCACAGCAUCUCCUAAAGAGUUUUAUGCCAAGAAUUCUCGAUGGACAGAAGGACUCAUUUCAGCCUCCAAAGCUGUGGGCUGGGGAGCCACUGUCAUGGUGUAAGUGUCUUUGGGUCCCAAG